UUGUACUCCGCCAUAGCUCUCACACCUCGACACGUUUCUCUUUUAUACCAUUCCUCUCUCCUUCUUUCUCUCUCAAACAACCUUCCCUUCAUUCAACUCUUUGUCAAUCCUUCUCUCUCUCUCUCUCUCUCUCUUAGGGUUUCUGCUCUGCUACUCAUGAUCUUUGCUGGACUUCGCUUGCUGCUUUGAAAAUCACAGGGGUUCUGUUGAAGAUCCAGGACUGAUCGAGAGUCCAUAGCAAUCAACUGAGUUUGAAGUUUGGACAGCAGUGUAGAAAAUACACCAAGUAUUGUGAGCCAUGGACCAAUCAGAGCGUUCUCAGCAUCACCAACAAUCACAGCAGCCUGCAGGCAGUGUCGGUGCAGGCCAAUUACCAUAUUCUAAUCCUUACCAAACAGCUCCGAUGGUAGCUUCCGGGACUCCUGCUAUUACGAUUCCCCCAACUCAGCCACCAUCCAGUUUCUCCAAUUCACCACACCAGCUGGCCUACCAGCAGGCCCAGCACUUCCACCACCAGCAACAGCAGCAGCAGCAACAACAGCUCCAAAUGUUUUGGGCAAACCAAAUGCAAGAGAUUGAACAAACAACUGACUUUAAGAACCACAGUCUCCCCCUUGCUCGAAUCAAGAAAAUAAUGAAAGCGGAUGAAGACGUCCGAAUGAUUUCCGCUGAAGCACCAGUUAUAUUUGCAAAGGCAUGUGAAAUGUUCAUCUUGGAGUUGACUCUGCGAUCCUGGAUUCAUACAGAAGAGAACAAAAGAAGAACUUUACAGAAGAACGAUAUUGCAGCUGCAAUUUCAAGGACUGAUGUCUUCGAUUUCUUGGUUGAUAUUAUUCCUAGAGAUGAACUGAAAGAAGAAGGUCUCGGAAUCACAAAAGCUUCUAUUCCGGUCGUUGGUUCCCCAGCUGAUCUUCCUUAUUACUAUGUUCCAUCGCAGCAUCCGGUGGGUGCUACAGGGAUGAUCAUGGGUAAGCAAUUAGAUCAAGUGAACAUGUAUGGUGGCACUGCCCAACAGCCUCGACCAUCGAUGCCUUUCAUGCCGUGGCCACAUACUCAACCUCAGCAGCAGCAACAAACUCAGCAGCAAAGUGAUGCAUAGGUAAAAGUAGUAGGUGUUUUCAAGACCGUCAUGAUUGAUAGAGGCGAUACUGAGUGACUUUGAAUGUGUCUACUGUCUAGUUUAGUUCAUAAAAGAAAAGCUCUUGUAGAGAACUUGUCAGUGAUGACAAGUUGCAGUUGAGUUUGUAUGAUGAGAGGGUGUGGUUUAUCUCUAAUUAUCUAUUACUGUAAUGUACAACAGUGUAUGUGGAAGAGGAUCCAACUUUGCCAAAAAGAACUCUAAUUUCAAUUUUGCUGAGCCUGUGUUUUUUAGCU